AUGUCUACUGAAAAGCCAGCAGAAAGCAAGUUAUGGGGUGGUCGUUUCACCGGUGCCACUGAUCCAUUGAUGGACUUAUACAACGCUUCGUUACCUUAUGAUAAGGUUAUGUAUGAUGCUGACUUGACUGGAACCAAAGUUUACACUCAAGGUUUACAAAAAAUUGGAUUGCUUACUGAGAGUGAGUUAGAAUCCAUUCAUGAUGGUUUAGAGAGAAUCAGAGCUGAAUGGGAGUCUGGUCAGUUUGUUGAGAAGCCAGGUGAUGAAGACAUCCACACUGCUAAUGAAAGGCGUUUGGGUGAAUUAAUUGGUAAACAUAUUGCUGGGAAAGUUCAUACUGGUAGAUCUAGAAAUGAUCAAGUGGCUACGGACAUGAGAAUAUAUGUUAGAGAAGCAUUAGAAAAGUUGAGUGGGUUCUUAAAGACAUUCAUUACCACUAUUAUUGUUCGAGCUGAAACUGAAAUUGAUGUUUUAAUGCCCGGUUAUACUCACUUGCAAAGAGCUCAACCAAUCAGAUGGUCUCAUUGGUUGUCGUCCUAUGCUACUUAUUUCACCGAAGACUACAACAGAUUACAAGAAAUCUUGGCCAGAAUUAAUAAGAGUCCUUUAGGUGCUGGUGCUUUGGCUGGUCAUCCUUAUGGUAUUGAUAGAGAAUUUUUGGCUCAAGGCUUAGGUUUCUCUGCUCCAAUUGGUAAUUCUCUUACUGCUGUUAGUGAUCGUGAUUUUGUUGUUGAAACAUUGUUCUGGUCUACUUUACUUAUGAACCACAUCUCUCGUUUCUCUGAAGAUUUGAUUAUUUAUUCAACUGCAGAGUUUGGAUUUGUUCAAUGUGCUGAUGCUUACCUGACUGGUUCAUCAUUGAUGCCCCAGAAGAAGAAUCCAGAUUCUUUAGAAUUAUUACGUGGUAAAUCUGGUAGAGUUUUCGGUUCUUUAGCAGGAUUUAUCAUGUCCCUUAAAUCUAUUCCUUCAACUUACAAUAAGGAUAUGCAAGAAGAUAAAGAACCCUUAUUUGAUGCCUUGACAACUGUUGAACAUUCUAUUUUGAUUGCCACAGGUGUUAUUUCCACUUUGAAAAUUAAUAAGGAACGUAUGGAAGGUGCUUUAACCAUGGAUAUGCUUGCUACUGAUUUGGCUGAUUAUUUGGUUAGAAAGGGAGUUCCAUUCAGAGAAACUCACCAUAUUUCUGGUGAUUGUGUCAAGAGUGCCGAAGACUUGAAGUUGAGUGGUAUUGAUCAAUUAACUUUGCAACAAUUCCAACAAAUUGAUUCUAGAUUUGGUGAAGAUGUUAAAGAUGUAUUUGAUUUUGAAGCCAGUGUAGAAAGAAGGAAUGCCACUGGUGGUACUGCACGUUCGGCUGUUUUGAAACAAUUAAAUGCUUUAAAAAACUCUUUAUAA